UGUAGAUGGCGGAGCCGGACAGUGGGUGCUGCUGUUAGCUAAUAUUCGUUUUAUUUCUAAAUGAAAUGUAUUUUUGUUUUUUUAGAGCAUUUCAGUUAAACAACUCUUAUAUUCCGCUCGGCUUUCACAUGGAAUUAUAACCGUAUUUAACGUGCGCGUUUUGUACAGUAUUUAUUGUGCAGCAAAUAGCUCUGUUAGCAUCUUUGUUGGAAGUUUAGGCCUACUGUGCCUCCGCUUGUCGAUUUUAACAAAAGCCGUGAUACACUCCCCUCUCCUGUGCUUGUUUUCAUACCUUCAAAGGACUACCUUUUUUAAAAGCGAACGGAACAUGGGAGAUAAGCAGGUCUUGGUCACUUACAGCUACUGAGACAUUUGUUAUGUGGACGGACAUUUUAAUAUAGCUGGAACUGAAGACAUUUUGCGAGCUACAUCACAAAAAAAAUUGAGAUCACAAAGGAAGAUGUCCAACGGCGCAGCAGGAAGCGGGGGUCUGGCUUGGUUGGAGGCGACGAAUGGCAGAGGUGAUAGUGGCAAGAUGGAAGGAGCCAAGAAAGACAAGGCCGGCUCCAAGUUGUCUGUGGAGAGAGUGUACCAGAAGAAGACCCAGCUAGAGCACAUCCUUCUCCGUCCAGACACCUACAUCGGCAGUGUGGAUCCCAUCACCCAGCAAAUGUGGGUUUUUGAUGAAGAAAUCGGAAUGAACCAGAGAGAAAUCACAUACGUCCCCGGACUCUACAAGAUCUUUGAUGAAAUACUGGUGAACGCAGCAGAUAACAAACAAAGGGACAAGAACAUGACAGCCAUUAAGAUCACCAUUGAACCUGAGAACAACACCAUCACUAUCUGGAACAAUGGUAAAGGAAUCCCUGUGGUGGAGCACAAGGAUGAGAAGAUGUACGUCCCAGCCCUCAUUUUCGGCCAGCUGCUCACCUCCAGCAACUAUGAUGAUGAUGAGAAAAAGGUCACAGGUGGAAGGAACGGGUACGGUGCUAAACUUUGCAAUAUCUUCAGUACCAAGUUCACCGUGGAAACUGCCUGCAAGGAGUACAGACACAGCUUCAAACAGACGUGGCAGAACAACAUGAGCAAGACAGCCGAUCCCAAGAUCAAGUUCUUCGACGGAGAGGAUUUCACCUGCGUGACGUUCCAGCCGGACCUGUCCAAGUUCAAGAUGGAGAAACUGGACAGGGACAUCGUAGCGCUGAUCACCCGCAGAGCAUACGAUAUAGCCGGCUCCUGUAAGGGGAUUAAAGUCACACUGAACAGCAAGAAGUUACCUAUUACCGGGUUCCGCAGCUACGUGGAUCUGUACGUGAAGGACAAACUGGACGAGACGGGCGUAACCCUGAAGGUGGUGAAUGAAACUGUGAAUGAUCGGUGGGAGGUCUGCCUCGCCAUGAGCGAGAAAGGAUUCCAACAAAUCAGCUUCGUCAACAGCAUCGCCACCACCAAGGGCGGCAGACACGUCGACUAUGUGGUGGAUCAGAUAGUAUCCAAACUUAUUGAAGUGGUGAAGAAGAAGAACAAGGCAGGAGUGACAGUCAAACCUUUCCAGGUGAAAAACCACAUCUGGGUGUUUGUGAACGCACUGAUCGAGAAUCCCAGCUUUGACUCCCAGACCAAGGAGAACAUGACACUCCAGACCAAGAGCUUCGGGUCUAAGUGCCUUCUGUCAGAGAAGUUCGUCCGGGCUGCGACCAAUUGCGGGAUCGUGGAAAGUAUACUCAACUGGGUGAAAUUCAAAGCUCAGACGCAGCUCAAUAAAAAGUGCUCAUCUGUGAAGCACAGCAAGAUCAAAGGCAUCCCCAAGCUAGAUGACGCCAACGAUGCCGGUGGAAAGCACUCCUCUGAAUGCACACUCAUCCUCACUGAAGGAGACUCAGCCAAAUCUCUGGCCGUCUCUGGUCUGGGAGUCAUCGGGCGAGAUCGCUACGGAGUGUUCCCGCUGAGAGGAAAGAUCCUGAACGUGCGAGAAGCAACACACAAACAGAUCAUGGAAAAUGCUGAGAUUAACAACAUCAUCAAAAUCGUUGGCCUCCAAUACAAGAAGAGCUAUGAUGACGCAGAGUCUCUGAGGAGCCUGCGAUAUGGCAAGAUCAUGAUCAUGACAGAUCAGGAUCAAGAUGGCUCCCACAUCAAAGGUCUGCUCAUCAACUUCUUCCACCACAACUGGCCGUCACUGCUCAAACACACAUUCCUGGAAGAGUUCAUCACACCCAUUGUCAAAGCGACCAAGAAUAAGCAAGAGAUGGCCUUCUACAGCAUUCCAGAGUUUGAUGAGUGGAAGAAACAGACAGAAAACUAUAAAACAUGGCAUGUAAAGUACUACAAAGGUUUGGGUACAAGUACAAGUAAAGAAGCAAAGGAAUACUUUGCUGACAUGGAGAAGCACCGCAUCAUGUUCAGAUACAGCGGAGCAGAGGACGACGCUGCAAUCACUUUGGCCUUCAGUAAAAAGAAGACAGAUGACAGGAAGGAGUGGCUGACAAACUUCAUGGAGGACAGACGUCAGAGGAGGAUGCACGGCCUACCAGAGCAAUACCUGUAUGGAACUCAGGCCAGGCACCUGUCAUACAAUGACUUCAUCAACAAGGAGCUGAUUCUGUUCUCCAACUCUGACAAUGAGAGAUCUAUUCCAUCACUGGUUGAUGGUUUAAAGCCGGGUCAGAGGAAGGUGCUGUUCACCUGCAUGAAGAGAAACGACAAGAGGGAGGUGAAGGUGGCGCAGCUCGCCGGUUCAGUGGCAGAGAUGUCUGCUUACCAUCACGGAGAGCAAGCUCUCAUGAUGACCAUUGUGAACUUGGCUCAGAACUUUGUGGGCAGCAACAACGUCAACAUCCUGCAGCCUCUCGGUCAGUUUGGUACUCGAAUCAAUGGAGGCAAAGAUGCUGCCAGCCCUCGUUAUAUCUUCACCAUGCUCAGUCCUCUCGCCAAGCUGCUGUUCCCAGCUGUGGACUCCAACCUGCUCAAGUUCCUGUAUGAUGACAACCAGAAGGUGGAGCCCGAGUGGUACAUUCCCAUCAUUCCCAUGGUGCUGGUGAACGGCGCUGAGGGCAUCGGGACAGGCUGGGCGUGUAGGAUCUCCAACCACGACCCCCGAGAGAUCGUCAACAACAUCCACCGCAUGCUCAAAAACCAGGACCCCCUGCCCAUGCUUCCCAAAUACAAGAACUUCAAAGGGGUGCUCCAUGAACUGGGUCAGAACCAGUACCUGGUCAGUGGAGAGAUCUCAGUCAUAGACAAGAACACCGUCGAAAUCACAGAGCUGCCUGUUCGGACAUGGACACAGUCCUAUAAGGAGUCAGUGCUGGAGCCCAUGCUGCAGGGCACCGACAAAACACCAGCUCUCAUCAACGACUAUAAGGAGUACCACACAGACAGCACGGUCAAGUUUGUGGUUCGUAUGUCUGAGGAGAAACUAGCCCAAGCUGAAGCAGUCGGACUCCACAAAGUCUUCAAGCUGCAGUCCAGUCUCACUUGCAACUCCAUGGUGCUGUUUGAUCAGAUGGGAUGUAUGAAGAGAUACGAUUCAGUCCAGGACAUCCUAAAAGAGUUCUUUGAUCUCCGCCUGCACUACUACAAGCUGAGGAAGGACUGGUUGGUGGGCAGUCUGGGAGCUGAAGCAGCCAAACUGUCCAACCAGGCUCGCUUUGUGCUGGAGAAGAUCGAAGGAAAAGUAUCUAUCGAGAACAAAUCCAAGAGAGACCUGAUCCGCAUGCUGGUCCAGAAAGGCUACGAGUCUGAUCCUGUAGCUGCCUGGUCCAGAGCUCAGGAGAAGGCUCUAGAAGAAGAAGACCGGGACGGAAACGACAGCGACAGCUCGAUAGACUCCGGCUCCUCAUCAGGACCAAACUUCAACUACAUCCUCAACAUGCCUCUGUGGUGCCUCUCUAAAGAGAAGGUGGACGAGCUGCUCAAACAGAGGGACCUAAAGAGAGCAGAGCUGACUAAUCUGCAGAAGAAAUCUCCAGAAGAUCUGUGGCAGGAGGACUUGGCAGUGUUCAUUGAGGAGCUGGAUACCCUGGAGGCUCAUGAGCGAGAAGAGCAGAAUUUAGGAAAGGCCAUCAAGAUGGUGAAGGGUAAAGUGGGCAAACCUAAAGCGAAGAAGUUGAACCUGGAGGAGACCAUGCCCUCGCCGUUUGGCCGCAGGGUGGAUCCUCCAACUCAGGCAAUCAAGUCUGACUCCGCCAAGAAGAUGACCAAAAAGAAGAAGAGUGACUUGGACCCGGCGGUGAAGUCGGAGUUUGAUGACGAAGGUUUGGGAGGAGAAGCAGGAACAGGAGGAACAGGAGAAAACUCUGUGACCAAACCCAAAACUCCUCGUGUUAAGAAGGAGAAGAAAGAACCAGCAACUCCCAGAGUGAGAAAAACUCCAGCAUCCAAAACUACCCCAGCUAAGAAGGUGAAGAAGAGGAACCCCUGGUCUGAGGAUGAGUCAAAGUCAGACAGCGACGCGGAGGAAGCCAAACCCGUCAUCCCCAGAGAGACCAAGUCCCAGAGGGCAUCAGCGUCGAAGCCAAAAUACACGUUUGACUUCUCAGAGGAAGAGGAGGCUGAUGAAGAGGAGAACGGAGACGACGAUGCGGUUACUUCUCCAGUGAGGUUGUUCAAAGAUGACUUCUCUACAUCUGACACCAAGCGUUACAGCGACCAUGAUGAUGACGAAGACGACAACGAGAUCUCCUACUCUCCCCCCAAACAAAAGACCACGUCUACACCAGUAGCAAAAAAGAAACCAGAGACCACCAGCAUCUUCUCAUCCAAGUCAGCCUUCUCUGAAAAGAGCAAUGACAGUGAUGGGUCCAAAUCUGACAGCGAAGAUGACAACGGCCCAGCGUUCUCCACAUACUCCAGCAGCUCUGCUUUUGACAAAGUAUCACCAGCAAAGAAAGCAGCUAAGAAGCCAGCAGAUGCAACUCCUAAACCUAAGAAGACUCCAACACCAAAAGCAAAGAAACCAGAUAAAUCCAUCUGGGACUCCGACUCUGACACUGGGUCCAAGAAGCCAACACCAGCUCUGAAAGGUAAAGGCAGAGGGAGGAAGAGGAAGGGCUCUGGCUCUGAAGAUGAGUACAGUCCAAUGAAGAAAACACCAAAACCUGUUGGCAGUGGCAGAAAGCCUCAGAAACCUCCCUCUGAUGUUGAUGAUGAUGAUGAUGUGGAAGAUGACAGCAACAACCUGAGUGUUAUGAACGCUCUGUCCCGUGACCGGUCGGGCCGGGCCAAGAGAGAGGUCAAAUACUUUGUUGAGUCAGACAACGAGGAAGACGAUGAUGACGACAUGUUUGAUUAAAGCAACUUUCGAUCACAUUCAAACACACUCCGCUUGUAUGGAAGUUUACUCCUCCUUCUGUGUUCCCACAGACUUUUGUACAUUUCCUGUUUCAUUUUAUUUUCAUUAAUGGUGAUGUUGAAUAAUUUUUAAUGUGUAGUUGUUUUACACUUUUUAUUAUACAUAUACAGGUUUCAUUUUUUUAUGCUCAUUGAAAUGUUCUGUAUUUGUCUGAAGCAGCUUUUAGAAGUUUAGAAUGCUGUGCUUUAGCACAUUUUAAUUGUUAAAAUACUAUGUAACUUUUUGAACAUGAAGUUGAAAAAAGUAAACAAUGAAAUGUGG